ACAAACUCAUGAACAUUCUCAUUUCGUUUCAAACCGUAGAAGCAUUGGUAUCUCAUAGUAACUUCGUGGCAGUGUAUGAAUUUUUUACAGAAAAUAUUUUUACAAUGGAUAAGAAAUCCUUUACCUUUAGCACUAUCGAGAGUGAUAUAGGAGAAAAAUUGGAUAAGAUGUUUGGGGUGAGACCUAGUUUUUUAAGAGUAGAAAAGAAUGCAAGGCAUUGUCUAUUACCGCCUCAAUUCGUUUUCUAUGGAAUGAAAAUCAGAGAUAUGGAAGUUUAUGAGGAUGAUGUGUGGAUGGUCUCAUAUCCACGAACUGGUAGUCAUUGGGUGCAAGAAAUGGUAUGGUGUAUUGGAAAUAACUUUGAUUAUAAAAAUGCCGAAAUUUUAACAAUUAUACGUAAUCCAUUGCUCGAAGCAUCGUCGUUGAUGGUCACAGGAAACUGGGUAGAUUUAUUUGCUAAAAUGGGUGAUUCUGUUGAAAAUGUUAUGAAAAUGUCACGACCUAGAUAUAUAAAGUCUCAUCUCCCUUUUGAAUUUUUGCCGCAACAAAUUCACACAAAGAAACCAAAAAUUAUUUAUGUUACCAGAAAUCCAAAAGAUACAUGUGUCAGCUUUUAUCAUUAUUGUAAAAAAUUUCAUAACAUGACGGGAAGUUUCGAGGAUUUUGCCGAGUUAUUUUUAGAAGACAGUGCACCGAUAAAUCCAUUUUGGAAUCACGUUUUACAAUUUUGGGAAAUGAAAGAUCAAGAAAAUGUAUUAUUUUUAACUUAUGAGGAAAUGAAAAAGAAUCAAAGAGAAAUGAUUAGAAGGACAGCAAAAUUUAUGGGAAAAACUGUGACAGAUGAACAAAUUGCUGAUCUUAGCGAGCAUUUAAAAUUUUCAAACAUGGCUGCUAAUCCCGCCACAAAUUUGGAACAGAUUUUACCAUUGAAAGAUUUGCCCGAAAAUGAGAAAUUUAUAAGAAAGGGUAAAGUGGGUGAUUGGAAAAAUUACAUGUCUGAGAAAUUAUCUCAAAGAUUUGAUGAAUGGACCGACAAGCAUUUAAGCAAUAGUAGCCUCGAAUUUAACAAGACACUGAUUUCAUAUAACGAGGAAUAAAAAUUAUCUAUUACAAUAUGUAUAUUCUAUGUUGAAAU